AUGCUAUUCUCAAUGAAUAUGAAAAGAGCCUCAGCAAGAGCUCUGAAAGGAACAUUCCCAGCUAAGACUAGAGCUGUAACAAGACUACUCUUGGGUGCUCGUAACUUUAGUAGUGAUUCAAAAGAUAUCCCUAACUUGGUCCAGCUGAUGCCAACUUACCAAGUUGGUUUGAAGCUAGCAAUUGAGAAGAAGUACUCUUUAGCAAUGCAGAAGUUCGAGCUUUUACUCGAUGAAAUCACAGAUCAUCAUUCUCCAAACACACCAUAUCAUGUUUUUGCUCUAUACAAAAUGGCUAGUAUCAACAAUAUUGCUGGAGAUAGUGAGAAGAAUGAAGAAAUUUUUGAAAGAAUCACAGAGAUAGCUCCAAUGGCUUACCCCGACAACAAUUCAAUGGUCUUCAGAUGCUACAAUACUUUACUGAAAUAUUACCUCAACUAUGAUGUUGAUAAGUGCCAUGUGCUUGGAAAGGAUAUGAUUGAUUCUAAAUAUUUAGAUUACUCUAAGCUCAUUCCUCAUGAAAAGUUUGACCUCCAACAUACCCUUGGUACAGCUUAUGGCCUUGAAGGGACCCUACAUAAGGAAAGUUUUGAUUGCUACAACGAGAGUAUCGAAAUUGCAGAUGAAUACAACGCUAGCAAUAAAGUUCCUGAAGCACAUAUCCAAACUGGAUUCUCCCUUAACAAUCUUGGAAUGAGCAGAUUUUGGUAUUUCAUGGAGAAAACUAAAGAAAUAAGCCAGAGUGGAGAAGAAGAUAAGUCUAAAAUCGAAGCAGAAGUCAAAAAGUAUGUUGACACCUUUGAGCAAGGCAUUAAAGACCUGAAGAAAGCAGUACUUGCUUUUGAAAAUUUUGAUGAAAGGUUCAUGAACAAAGAAGAUGGAGAUCUAUCCCAAGUAGAUCUCAAAAUGAAGCUUUUUGUUCAAGAAUUCUUUGAUACUGAGAUAAAGGAGACAUUAAGCAAAGAUUUUCAGCAUUAUGACCUUAGAGAUAAUCAAAUGAACACUAAGUUUGUCUCAGAGGCAUUCGAGCAGGGAGAAUCAACACUUCCAUUAGCAAAUCUAGGUGAAAUCAGCUUGAUUUUUAACAAAAUAAAGGAAGCUAUGGCCUUCUUUGAUAUCUCUCUCAAGUUAGUGGGAGAAAAAGAUCCUCAAAACUUGAUUAGCAACAAGAUUGUCUCAGAUUUAUCAGGAAUUGUUGACCUUAUGGGCCAGACAGAUAUGACCAUAAAGAUGAACCAAAACAUCCUUAGGGGUCUUGAAAAGACAGAUGAUUACAUCAAAGUAUUUGUUUUGAGAAACUAUGGGCAUAUCUUAGCAAGACACAAAGAGCAUAAGGAAGAAGGUGAUAGAUACAUCAAGAAAGCAGAUGACCUUGAUAGAAAGUUCCCAUACUGGGCUGAAAGAAAGUUAGGGCUCUUUACACCAAUCGUUCCUCAUGAGCCUUUAGAGAACCCACUUUAA